AUGGCGGCUAAUGACAACUAUCAUCCAGGAGGCCGAUAUAGUGUGAAGAAGGGAGGAAAAUUAGAUGUUGAUGCUCUAACUCUUUUGACUAGCUCUGUGCAGGCAUUGACAAGCAAGUUCGACAGACUACAAGCUGGAUCAUCUUCUAGCUCACCUAAAACUUAUCAAAUGUGUAAUGUACACGAGUGUAGUGCAAUUUUGCAAAACACACUUCCUAAGAAAUUAGGCGAUCCGAGUAGCUACUCAAUUUUGGUGAAACUUGGAGACAUAGAGAACAACAAGGCAUUAUGUGAUCUUGGAGCAAGUGUGAGUCUUAUGUCUCUCUCUAUUUGCAAGAAACUUCAAAUGGGUGAACUAAAGCCUACACGCAUAUCUCUUCAACUUGUGGAUAGGUCGGUUAAAUUUCCUUUAGGUGUAUUUGAAGAUGUACCUCUUCGCGUGGGAAAAUUCUUUAUUCCAUGCGAGUUUGUUGUGAUGGAGAUGGAGGAAGAUUCACAUGUUCCUAUUAUUCUUGGUAGACCAUUCUUAGCCACUGCAGGUGCAAUCAUUAAUAUGAAGAAUGGAAAAAUCACUUUUGAAGUUGGUGACGAGAAAAUGGAGUAUUCACUCUUGAAUGCUAUGGGAACUCCUUCCAUAUGA